UCAGAGGAUCCGGUUACUAUAAACCUUGCAUCGCACCACACCGAGGGAUUAAAAACUAGUUGGCCUCCAGCGCGAGUCCUAACUUGUACUUGCACCGGUUGCGCCGUGCAAGAAGCCAAGAAGCUAGGCGCAGCGACGGCGGCGAAUCGUUGCACUACUUGCACCAGCAGCCAUGCAGGGGGAGGAGAAGAAGGGGAAGGUAAAGAAGGGGUGGCUGGCGGUGCGGGUCGGGGCGGAGGGCGGCGACGACGCCGGGUCCCGGCGGUUCGUCAUCCCCAUCGCGUACCUGUACCACCCGCUGUUCCGGCGGCUGCUGGAGGCGGCGCGCGACGCCUACGGCUACGACUACUCGGCGGGGCCGCUGCGGCUGCCGUGCUCCGUCGACGAGUUCCUCCGGCUGCGCGCGCUCAUCGAGCGGGAGACGCAGGCUGCCGCGGGCGGGUUAGCCUCCUCGUCGCACCGCGUGCACGCCGGCGGCGGGCACCACCACCACUCCCUCUCCCCGUGCACCCGCGCGAAGGCCAGCUCGUGAUCGGGCCCGCAUGAUCGAUUCGAGCGUGGCUUUCGUGCGUGCACCGCGACCGUGAGGAGAGGCAGUAGCCAGUAGGUGCUUAUGGUUUUGGUUUUGGCUCCCGCUUUUUGCUUCUGAUUUUGCAGAUGCAUGUACUAUACUAGAAUUAACAGAUCGAUCAGUUGAAUUAACAAUCCAUACAGCUCUUCACAUGUU